GGGCAGCGCCGCACGUGGAGUCGGCGGCGGCCAUGGGCGAGUUCCAGGUGCACCGCGCGCGGCUCUUCGCCUUCGUGCCGGCCGGGGUCCGCUGCCUGGCCACCCCCGCCACCCGCCCGCCCCGCCGCCUGGCCGCCGCCCGCCUCGACGGCGCCGUGGAGCUCUACGACCUGCGGGCCAACGGCGCCCAGGAGAAGGUGGUCCCGGGCCACGAGGCGCGCGCCCCGGAGGCGCUGUGCUGGGCGGCGGGCGAGCGGCUCUUCGGCGCCGGGCUCGGCGGGGCGGUGGUGGAGUUCGACCUGGAGCGGCUGCGCGUCAAGUCUUCACUCGACGCCUUCGGGGGGCCCCUCUGGAGCAUGGCGGCCAGCCCCAGCGGCGCCCAGCUGGCGGUGGGCUGCGAGGACGGCUCCGUUAAGCUCCUCCGAGUCGAGCCGGAUCGAAUCCAAUUCGAAAGGCAGCUGGACCGGCAGAAAGAGCGCAUCCUCUCUCUAUCCUGGCAUCCUUCUGGGACCAAGAUUGCAGCUGGCUCCAUUGACUGCUUCUACAUCUUUGACAUCGAAACUGGGCACGUCAGCCAGCGAAUCCUCGUAGAAAGGUGUCUGCAAGCCCCCCCCAGCCAGAAAUGCCUCGUGUGGGGCCUGGCCUUCCUUUCAGAUGGCACAGUGGUCAGUGUGGAUUCUGCUGGAAAAGUGCAGUUCUGGGAUUCGGUGAUGGGCACUCUGCUCUCCAAGCAUCCCAUCAGCAAAGCUGCAGUGCUUUCCGUGGCCGUGGCUGAGGCAGAAGAUAGUAUGGUUGUUGGCACAUCGGAAGGGAUGGUAUAUCAGUUCCAGCUGCUACCGGUGAAGCUGGACAGCUCUGAGCGCCAGUGGGUGCAGACGAGACCCUUUCGGCAUCACACUCACGAUGUGCGGACGGUGGUGCACACUGCCACAGCCUUCAUCUCUGGAGGGCUGGAUGGGCAACUUGUGAUCCGACCCCUAAUGGAGAAGGUGGAGUCGAAGUCCUAUGACGCUGCCCUCCGCACAAUCACCUUCCCCCACAAGCGCCUUGUCUCCUGUGCCAGGAGAGCCCGGCUCCUUCUCUUCCAGUACCCCCAGCACCUGGAGCUCUGGCGGCUUGGCACCACAAACUCCUUUGGAAGGCCUGGUGAGGUCCUGCCAGUAUCCUGUCCCCCCCAGAAUCUGCUCCAGUUGAAGGCCAAGGGCCCAGAGCACAUCCGCAGCAGCUGCAUCUCUCCGUGUGGCGGCUGGAUCACCUACUCCAUAGCUAGCAGGUUCUACCUGCAUCGAGUUCAGCUCGUCAGCGACCACAUUUCUAUCAACAGAGUUCACAAGACUCCCAAGCUGAACGGCUCAGCCCACCACCUCCUUUUUUCCAAUGACUCUACCAGCCUUUUUCUGGCAUCGGAUCGGGGCUGCGUGCAUGUGCUUUCGCUCUUGAAGUCAGGGACCUGCAGGCAUCUACACACACUUCGCCCAAAUUCGGAGACCUUGGAAGCAGUGCAGCAGCUGGCGGUGAGUGCGGAUGGCAAGUGGCUGUCUGCAGCAGGGGGAGACCGGGAAAUCUGCAUCUAUAAUUUGGAAAACACCAAGUUUCAUUGCACUGUGCCAGCAUACGACUGCCCAGUGACUGCAAUGGCAAUCCAUCCGCUGACCAAUAACCUCAUCGUUGCACAUUCAGAUCAGCAGGUGUUUGAGUUCAGCAUCAAGGAAAGAGGCUACACGCCCUGGAGCCGGAAGCUGCAGCAGUUGGGCCUGCACAAGGAUUGGCUGGAGCGGGACACACCCAUCACCCACAUCGCCUUCCGCCCUGGGCAUUCCUCUCAUGUCUUGCUCCAUGACACAUACAUGUUCUGCAUCCUGGACACCUCGCUGCCACUGCAUGAGGACGCUACGGCCUCAAAGAAGGCAGCGCCACAUGUGAAAACAAUCCAACGCAGUCAUGGCCGGCCCUUCAAGAUCUGCAAGAAGUUCCAGCCUCUCCUCUUUGUGGAUUUCCUGGAUGACAAUUCUUUGGUGGUGACGGAGCGGCCGCUGAUGGACAUCAAAGCCCAGCUGCCACCACCCAUCUAUCAGAAGAAAUUUGGGACAUAGGUUUGGAAGGAUUUUUGCAGAGGCCAUCCUUCACUGAGGGGCUCCCGGUGCCCUUCCCUUCAGAAGCAGGGGGCUGCCUGGCCAGAGGAGCAACUGUUGACGGGGACCCUGCCACCCCCAUCCUGUGUCCUUGAGGUUACCUGUUUUGCCACCAUGGUCUGGCCGGGAAAGAGAGGCCAGGACUUCACUCAGGAGUUCCAGCAUUGACCGGCAAGAAGACUUGUUGCUUUUCUCUGAGCCUUCCUUGUGAAGACUUGCAAAAGAAUUACUUCCCAUUUUAUGCACAGCCUGUUGGGGCCAUCCCUUGCCCACAAAAGUGCAGCCUGGCUGGGCUGACCCUGCAGCCGCAUUGUCUCUGGGAAAAGCCUGCUGCUGCGUGUGGCCAGCAGGCAAGGAGCCAGCAGACUUCCUGCUGGGUAAAUGGGGGCCCUGGGACCCCAUUGGCCUGCUGACACUUCACUGCUUCCUCCAGCUCCACCUCUGCUGGACCAGGAACCCUGAUUUCCGCCCCAUCAAGCCAGAACAGCAAAGUCAGCAGUGAGGGAGGAGGCUGCCUUGACCUUGCUUUGUUUUGUGUUCCUCCAGGGAGGGAGGGAGGGAGUGUGUGUGUGUAUAUGUAUGUAUGUGUGUGUGUUCCCUUGUCCUUCCCCUUCCGUCUGUCCCUGGGUCCCUGCAUUUUCAGAAGGGGAGAAGGAAAGGGCCGCAGAGGCCAUGAACAGCCCUUUUGCAGCUGCUUAGUGGAGCCUGAAGGUCACAUGUCCUCUGCUGGCAGGAGAAGAUCCCUGCCCCUCCCUGCUGGUGGCCAGUGCUGACAGCCCCUCCCCCCCUCCAGUCUGACGUCCCACAGGCCGAUGUUGGGCCGAUAAUAACACGGGGAGCUCUGAGUUUGGCUAAGAGACGCUGUGGUGACCAGCCUCUUCCUGGUGUACAAAAUGUUUACAUCGCUCCUCUGGACCAGGAACACAAGACACUUAAAUAAAAAUCCCUCCAGCUG